GAUUGUAUAAAUAAUUCACAAAUAAUAAUUGCAGAUAUCACCAAAUCUAUCAGACAAAAAGAACUUGGUAAAGGUUAUGUUACAGAUUCAGAUGGUAAUGAAUCAGAAUUUAAACACGAAACUGUAAAUAUGUAA